CUCGUCGAAUCGCCUCUCUCAGUCCCUGUUUCUGAACGAGAGAGCAUCAUCAUCUCGCUUCAUCGCUUCAUGCUCGUGCCCCGAAUCGCACCGUGUGCUGCUGGAAUCCCAUCACUCCCUCCUCUUUCCUCCCCCCUCUCACUCGCACCUCCUCCACCACUUGGCAUCCCUCCCUCUCACGCUAUGCUGCUGCUGCUGCAUCAUGCUGCUUGCUUUCUUUCUCAUGCUUCGCGAGACGUCCUGUAGUAGUGACGCGUUUCGUUCUUCGAUGCAUGAGGCCUGUUCUUUGGUGCUGGGCUGGGUGCAUCUUAUGUCCGACGAGUAGAGUUAGGUCGGAGAUUUGGUGUAUCAUUCCUCGAAGGCUAUUGUUUUCCGAAGAGAUAAAUUCCGUGCGUGCGAGAUUUCGAGGAGGGAGAGCAUAGGUAGGAGUGUGGGAGAGACCUUGGCGUUUCCAGCUGGCUCGGUGUCGUUGUGUCAUCCGAGGGGAUCGCUCAAUAUGAGUCAUUUGCAGAAGCCAUCGCAGAAUGGUGGUGGUCGACGUGGAAGGAUCGACAAGGAUGUCGUGAGUCGGUCAGAUAAUCAAUCUUGGAGACAACCCGCGCGAACAACUUCCGGCUUUAAUUCUAACUCGAAUUCCCAUCUCCAAGGUGGGAACAAAGGAGCUCAUGAUCGGCUUGUAUACAUGUACACUUGCUUGAUUGGCCAGCAUGUUGAUGUUCAAAGAAUCGAUGGGCAUGUAUACUCUGGAAUAUUUCAUGCCGCUAGCUUUGAGAAGGAAAUCGGAGUGAUCUUGAAGAUGGCAAGACAUGUCAAAGAAGGUACGCAUCCAACACAGGGUGAGUCAGGUAGAGAAGCAGCUAGGAAGCCUCCGAUUAAAAAGCUUCAAAUUCAAGGGAAAGAUAUUGUACAAAUUAUUGCGAAGGAUGUUUCCCUUAGUGGGGAUGGUUCAUUCAACUCCCGAACUCGAGAGAAUCGCUCUGACAUUGUAACUGAUUCAGCUGUUUCACAAGGUUGGCAUCGGGAAUCUGAGCGUGAACUGAAGCCAUGGAAGCCCGAUGAUGAAUCUUCUGAUCCCACAAGUUUUAACUUGAGCAACGCGUGGAGCGGUGGGAAUUGGGAUCAAUUCGAGGUAAACAAAACUUUAUUUGGUGUGGAAACUACUUUCGAUGAAGAGUUAUACACAACAAAGUUGGUACGAGGCCCACAAAUGCAUGAAAGAGAGCGAGAGGCCCAGAGAAUUGCUCGGGAAAUCCAAGGGCAGCAAACACGGAAUAUGCAUCUUGCAGAGGAAAGAGGAGUUCAUUUGGCUCCCGAGCUGGAAGCUUUGGAUGAAGAGACUAAGUACUCUUCCGUAGGGCGUGGGUUUCAAGAUGAAGGUGACGAUGAUGAAGAUCUGCACAUUGACGACCGUAAUGAUGAGACAUUUGGAGAACCAGUCACUUCGGUCGGUGUUAGCUCCUCUAUAUACAGCAAUUCUAGCUUUCCUAUUUUAGGGCAAAUUGAUGGUGGUGAAAGCUCCACACCGUCUGCAGAUACACAAAUAGUAAAUGACAUAAGAUCAGAAUUUUCGCGAGAGCAUCAGGACCAGUCGGUGGGAAAGGAAAAUUCAGGAAGCUCUGAAAUGGUUUUGGAGAAGCUUAAAUUGCGAAAACUGUCGCUUAUAAAUAGUGGUGACACAAGUAUACACUCCAAUAAGGGAUCUGGUUCUCCCUACAGCAGUCCUAUGGGAAGGGGUUCUCCACUGAUCUCUCCAUCAGUUGGUGAUCCAGCAGGCAUCAAAGCUCUUAAUUUGGAUCCGAGCUUUCCUCAAAUUGCUCCCGAAGUUCACAGAAAAUUUGAGGAAUUUAAGCAGAAGAAUAAAAUGGAGCAAGUGAAGGCGCAGUCAGAGACAUAUAAGGAGUCGCAGCCACGGUCUCCAAGAACUACAGUAAAAGCUCCCUCUGGAGAUAUGUCCAAAGAUGGUAACGUUCAGCCCCCCAGCAAUGAUUCCAAAUCAAACCUAGCACCAACGUCUGCUGCUCUUCAACGCAGUUCUCUUGCUUCAGCUCCUCCUCCUUCAUCAUUGCCUUUGCCUACGAGUCUCGCUUCAUCAGAGAAGCCACUCACCUCUGUUGUCGGAUCCACGGGGUUGGUGUGUAUGAUACCCAGUAGGAAUGCAGUGUCAUCACCAUCUUCUAGCAGUCAAACCUCAGGACCAUUCCUCAGUUUGCGAAAUCAGAUAGGGUCCACUCCAAACUCACCCUCAUCAUCCACACAACCUUUGUCAGCUACCUCUGCAUCAAAAAAACCUUCGUUGAAUGCACAUGCGAAGGAAUUUAAACUUAAUCCGAACGCUAAGGCAUUCACUCCAAGUACAUCUUCCGCUCGUGUAACUCCAGUGGUAUCUCAGCAGCAUCCAGUUAUUGUUCAAAAUCCUAUCUAUUCUGUGCAUCCAUCUGUUCCUGCGGCAACUUCAACACCAGGAUCUCACGUGAACCUGCAAAAUAUCGGUCAGCAGAAUCAGUUCUCCCCGUUUAAUCAUGCGGUACCCUCGGGAGUUGUUCCAAGUAACCCAGCACCAUACAUGCAGCCUUGGGUGCCUGGGUUUCCAGUUGGAGUAGGAGUUGGAGGUGGUGGUAUUUUACCGGGUCAGCCGAAUAUGAGAGUGGCUUCUCAUUCACAGCAGCAGGCACUGCCUUAUGGUCAUCCUCAACAAGUAAAAUUCCCCAUGCAGCCCUCAACUUCUGCUAUGCAGCCCGGGCUUUUGCACCCGAACAGCCAACUGUAUCCACCGCACAUGAUGUAUGGGCAACCCGGAAGUCCAGUUAUGUUCAUGCCGUACCAACAGAAGUAAUCAAAAUCUCCUGAUCAUUAAACCAGUGGCAGUCGGGGACAAGAACCACCAGAAGAAAGUCUAGUUCCAGUCACAUCCUUUACUUGGUUUUGAAAGAUGUGGCACCAUAUCCUGGUCGAAAAUCUUGCCUCCCAGCCAUAACAGCAACCACAGUUUUGUGAGAUUGUCCACUCAUCUUUCGAAAAGAGGAUAGGGCCGUUUUAGCGGCUUACACAAUUUUUUCGAAUCCUCACCGUGAAUUAACACUAUGCAAGCAGGAGGUAGUGGCUCCUGGAAUGCUGACAUCGUGAGAAUGAGGAUCUAGGAGACAGUAGAGAAGCUGGGGUUGGAGGUAGCCUGAGACUCUUGACCAGUCUGCACUUCCAGCAGCAAUACCCAUCCAAUGUGUAAUUGCUGCUUUACAUAUGGGUCAAGUCAUAAAGACCAAAGAGAAUCUUGUACUUUGUCUAGGUGCUGUACACCAGUUCCUUGGUUCAGUUUCACCCAUGCUCUGCCGUGGAAAGCCAUCUAGUUACGGCUUAUUUAAGCUGCUUGUCUGCAAA